AGGCCGCAGUUGUUUUUGUUGUUAUUGUCGUCAAAAUGGCGACUGGCGGAGAGGCCCCGGAGUCCUGGUAUCUUGCCCUGCUUGGUUUUGCUGAACAUUUUCGCACUUCGAGUCCUCCUAAAAUUCGCCUCUGCGUGCACUGUCUCCAGGCUGUAUUUCAGUUCAAGCCCCCACAAAGAGUAGAGGCCCGAACGCACCUUCAGCUCGGCUCGGUGCUCUAUCACCACACCAAGAACAGCGACCUCGCCCGGAAUCACCUGGAGAAAGCGUGGUGCAUCUCGCAACAAGUCCCCCAGUUUGAAGAUGUUAAAUUUGAAGCUGCCAGUCUUCUCUCAGAGCUUUAUUGCCAACAGAAUUUGGUUGAUUCUGCUAAGCCUUUACUACGCAAAGCCAUCCAGAUUUCUCAGCAGACUCCCUACUGGCACUGCAGAUUGUUAUUCCAACUAGCACAACUACACACUCUCGAAAAGGACUUGGUGUCUGCAUGCGACUUAUUGGGUGUAGGUGCUGAAUAUGCCAGGGUCGUUGGAUCAGAAUAUACCAGAGCUUUGUUUCUUCUGAGUAAAGGGAUGUUGCUGCUGAUGGAACGUAAGCUACAGGAGGUGCAUCCCUUACUCACGUUGUGCGGGCAGAUCGUGGAGAACUGGCAGGGAAACCCCAUACAAAAGGAAUCCCUUCGGGUCUUUUUCCUGGUGCUGCAGGUCACGCAUUACCUGGAUGCUGGACAGGUGAAAAGUGUCAAACCAUGUUUAAAGCAACUGCAGCAGUGCAUCCAGACCAUCUCAACACUCCACGAUGAUGAGAUCUUGCCGAGUAACCCCGCGGACCUCUUCCACUGGCUGCCUAAAGAGCAUAUGUGUGUGCUCGUCUACUUGGUCACCGUUAUGCACUCGAUGCAGGCUGGAUACUUGGAGAAGGCGCAGAAAUACACAGAUAAAGCUCUAAUGCAACUAGAGAAACUAAAGAUGUUGGACUGCAGUCCCAUCCUCUCGUCAUUCCAAGUCAUCCUGCUGGAGCACAUCAUCAUGUGUCGCCUGGUUACAGGCCACAAAGCGACGGCGCUGCAGGAGAUCUCUCAGGUGUGCCAGCUGUGUCAGCAGUCUCCUCGUCUGUUCUCCAACCAUGCUGCUCAGCUCCAUACCCUAUUAGGGCUCUACUGUAUUUCCGUGAACUGUAUGGACAACGCAGAGGCUCAAUUCACUACAGCCUUGCGGCUUACUACACACCAGGAGCUGUGGACCUUCAUUGUGACCAACCUGGCCAGUGUCUACAUUAGAGAGGGCAACCGACACCAAGAGCUUUAUAGCCUACUAGAGAGGAUAAACCCUGACCACAACUUCCCUGUCAGUUCUCACUGUCUGCGAGCUGCAGCCUUUUAUAUCCGUGGACUCCUCUCCUUCUUUCAAGGACGCUACAACGAAGCCAAGCGUUUCCUGCGUGAGACUCUAAAGAUGUCCAAUGCUGAGGACCUGAAUCGACUGACCGCAUGCUCGCUUGUUCUUCUUGGACACAUAUUCUAUGUUCUGGGAAAUCACAGGGAAAGCAACAAUAUGGUGGUUCCAGCCAUGCAGCUGGCCAGCAAGAUUCCUGACAUGUCUGUUCAACUGUGGUCUUCUGCUCUGCUUAAAGAUCUGAACAAGGCUUGUGGGAACACGAUAGAUGCUCACGAGGCAGCACAAAUGCACCAGAACUUCUCCCAGCAGCUCCUACAGGACCACAUAGCUGCCUGCAGCCUGCCUGAACACAACCUCAUAAGCUGGACAGAUGGACCUCCACCAGUGCAGAUCCAAGCUCAGAACGGACCCACAACCAGCCUGGCCAGCCUGCUUUGAAUAUAUAACACACUGAUAAACAUACACACCCCCUCUCACUCACUGUGAGCACACAAAUUGUACAUACAGAUCAGCCUCUGAGCCCUCACAUGCACAUAGAUACAUACAUUACACACACACACACAUUAAAACUAAAGGAGACAGGACUCCACUGCCUUUGUCCUGCAGAUUUUAUCUUGUAUUCUUCAGAUUUUAACUUAUUCUUAUUAAACUUGUAUGAUGUUAGGGCAACGAGAUGUCACUGAGAUCUUGGGAACAGUUGGGAUACGAGUCACAAGAGGCACGAUAAUUAUUUCAGUCCUCAUGAACGUCCACACAUUGCCAAAAAAAGAGAGAGAGAGGCUCUACUGGGCAAAACUUUGGAGGCAAACAGUCUUGAAAUAUAUUUGGUCAUUUGAUUAGUGAAGCCAUUUCUCUUCAUCUCUCAGUUUAAAACUUUUAGUCAACGUUAGUUGGUUCCUCGGUGCGUAUAUGCUUCAUGUACAAACUUGAUUAGAAGACACAGACUUCAGUAUUUUUCAGAAUUAUUAACCUUUUAACGAAAUUAACUCCGUCAUCCAUGACCUUAACCAGUGAAACGAAACAUACUGAAGUGUGGGUUAGAUUUGCAUUGAAAGUGUGUUCAGCAGGAUGCUUUACUUUAGCGCACUAUCUGGUUUGAUUUCUCUCUCUCUCUCUCUCUCUCUCUCUCUCUCUCUCUCUCUCUCUCUCUCACCCCUUCCCCCUCUCAGUCUUAUCCAUGAAAACUUGGUGCAACUGCAGGUUUUCAUUCUAACCAAUCAGGAGCCCACAUCUGAUCCCACUUGACUUUUGUGUUUACUAAUUGUCUGGAACGAAAACCCGCAGCCACAACAAAUGUUUGAGCAUAAGUUCCGAAGACCUUACGGUGCAGAUCUGAUCAAACUCGGCAAAUUCAGCCGCACCUCGUUUUCAGGGGUUGGUAUGAGGGUAUACUUCAAGAAAGACUGUCGUAACAAACGGCUCGUUUUAUUUUAAUAUCAAACCUGAGUGAGCUUGUACAGGCACCCAAGAGUUUGAAGGUCACGAUAUGAGGAAUGAUCAGCUAACAAGCAAAUCUGUUGCUGUCUUGCAUUUCCUGGUACCCUGAGUCAGUGUCUUUUAAUGCUAAGUCACAUCUCAAAGUAUUGUUUCAGCAUCAUCAAGAGAUUUUUGUCCUGUUUCAUUGUUUUAUUUUUUUAACUACAUCUUAAAAACUUGUAACUAAAUGCAUAGUAAUCAUUUCUUUUUGCAAUUUGUCUUGUGUGGGGUAUUUCAAAAAGUAUGUAUAGAUUUUUCUCUAUUUUGAGCACUGCAGAUAUUUUAGCAGUAUCAGAUUUUUAAUUACCAGUGGCAGUUUGUUAGUUAAGAACAUUUUGGCGACGCUGUUGAGGGGAGUACGUACUGUGCUAGGUCCAGAAACUUUUUUUUUUUGGUCUGCAAAGUAUUGGCUUUUGGUGAAAUUUUAAAAGGUGGAAAAAGCACCAGCAUACAGUCAUGGAUCAUUGUUUUUGUUUUACAUUUGGUUUAUUUAUUGUUAAACACUUUUCAGCUUACCUCUUAGCAUGUUUCACACUCUGUAUCGGAUUUUAUUUGAGAUGUGUAUAAAGGUGUAAACAAGAGAGGGCGCUAAAGAUGCAGUUACCUGUUCUCCAUUCUUAUGAUCCUCAGCUCCUAGUUAUAAAUGAAUCUUCUCAAGUUGAAGAUGGUUGUAUCCAUAUCUCUCUCUCUCCAAUAGCAAACUGAUUCCAGAUCAGCAUUCCUUCAUCUUUACACAACUCAAGGCUGGUGAAACUGAAGACCUUUUGUAAUAUUCUAGUAAAUAUUUCUAAAAACAAGACCCUGGAUUUUCCUUUGUGAGACAUGACGUCUUUUGUACUGACAUGUCACAGUGCUUUUCUUUCCCCACCUUUUCACUUAUUCACUGUACAAACCCUGCUGAGACUGCUUUUUUUAAAAAAAAAAAAGGUAUUUACCCCUUUUCUGUAGUUUUAACAAAUAAAUCCAUUUAUUAAAUUUUGUAAA